AUGUAUUCUUGGAAGUUAUCUAGCAAAUUUAGAUUCGGGAGAUCUAAGGAUAAGGAUGAGAAGCAUCACAAGCACAUGGAUGAGGUAGAUAUCGACGGCAAUGACAAUAGAAGUUCCGUUGAUAGAAAAGCUACCAUUGUUCCUGGUUCUGCGACCGUUGUGCAGUCGCGUGCAAGUACAGACACGAGAACUACUUCGGAUGAUACAGGCCAUAGUGUCCAUUCGAGUGGGUUUAAAGGAACUAUUACUGAGGGUUCUAUGUCUACUGAUAUUUCCGGAGAGGAUAUAUCAAUGACAAACGGAAGAGAUAGAGAUUCUACGGAAGUGCAAUCUAAAUCUAAUAAUAACAGCUCCAACUUCAAACAGCAGCAACAACAGCUAUUAGCACAGCAACAACAAAUUCAGUAUCAACAACAACAAUCACAACAGCAGCCAGUUGAAAAUGAGAAUACACAUUCUUCGAACGGGAUACUUACCGUGAAAGUUUAUAGCGGUGAUUCUUUUAAGUUGCCCUUACCAAUUACUUAUAAUGAACAAGUUUUGAGCAAAUUACUAAGCUCUGGUGUUGACGUCACUAGUACCACCCAGCAAGACUCCCUUGAAGAGUUGAUCCAAUCUAUGCAUGGCCUGUCUUUGCUUAGAGAGGAAGAUAAAUUGUUGUCUGGUGAAGAUGCAUCUCAUUUCAUUCCUGCUAGUGUGAUCUUGCCAGGAUCUAAAAAUCUGAAUUCUUUACUCUAUUUCACAAUUGAGUUUGACAACACCAUUGCCACCAUUGAACCAGAAUCAGGGACUUUAAAUAGACCUAUCUUUAAUAAGAUCUCCACAUUUGAUGUUACAAGAAGGUUGCCAUUCCUAAAGAUUGAUGUUUUUGCCAGAAUUCCAUCUAUCCUAUUACCUUCUCAAAACUGGCAAGAGACCCAAAUCUCAAAUAAUGAUAUCCUAGGCGAUUACGUGAAGAAGAUCAGAAACAACAGCGAUAUCCAUUUGGAUUCAUUCCAUCUUCCUCUGAACUUGAAAAUAGAUUCCGCUUCAAAUAUCAGGUUGUACAACCACCAUUGGAUCGAAUUGGAAAGUAAGAUGGGUAAAUUGAACCUCAGUGUUGACUACAAGCCUUCUACUCAUAAGCAUUUAUCGAUAGACGAUUUUGAUUUGUUGAAAGUCAUCGGUAAAGGUUCUUUCGGGAAAGUGAUGCAGGUUAGAAAGCGUGAUACAAACAAAAUCUAUGCAUUGAAAGCUAUUAGGAAGUCUUACAUUGUCUCCAAAUCCGAAGUUACUCACACUUUAGCAGAACGUACUGUCUUAGCUCGUGUUGAUAACCCAUUUAUUGUACCAUUGAAAUUCUCUUUCCAAUCCUCGGAAAAGCUUUACUUGGUCUUGGCGUUCAUCAACGGUGGUGAAUUGUUCUAUCAUUUGCAAAGAGAGGGGAGAUUCGAUCUAUCACGUUCCAGAUUUUACACUGCAGAAUUAUUAUGCGCAUUGGAAGCUCUACACGAUUUCGAUAUCAUUUACCGUGAUUUGAAACCAGAGAACAUUUUGCUAGACUAUCAGGGCCACAUCGCAUUGUGUGAUUUCGGUCUUUGUAAGUUAAACAUGAAGGAUCAAGAAAAGACAACUACAUUCUGUGGUACUCCAGAAUACUUGGCUCCAGAACUACUCUUGGGCCAAGGGUACACCAAGGUGGUGGAUUGGUGGACACUCGGUGUAUUACUGUACGAAAUGCUUACUGGUCUCCCACCAUAUUACGACGAGGAUGUCCCUAAGAUGUACAAAAAAAUCUUGCAAGAUCCAUUACGUUUCCCAGAUGACUUCGAUAAAGAUGCCAAGGACUUAUUGAUCGGAUUGCUAUGUAGAGAUCCAAAGAGAAGAUUGGGCUAUCACGGUUCAGACGAAAUCAAGUCACAUCCAUUCUUCAACCAAUUAAGUUGGAAACGUCUCAAGAUGAAGGGCUACAUCCCACCAUACAAGCCACCAGUGAUGGGUGCCAUGGACACAAGCAAUUUCGACCAAGAAUUCACCAGAGAACAACCCGUUGACAGUGUUGUCAACGAUUUCCUAAGUGAAUCGGUGCAACAACAAUUUGGUGGAUGGACUUAUGUUGGCUCGGAACAACUGGGCCAAUCCAUGCUGCCCGACAGAUCCUUCCAAACUUGA